GACCGCGAAGAAGAACAGUUUGCUUCCCCUUGUGAAGAAGACGGCACAUCAUUUUCAGAGCGCGAGUCUUGUCCGGUUCGGUUGCGUUCGUCUCUUUGCCAAUACGCGACGCUUGUAGUGUGCCGUACAUUUCCUGAAGUUAAUUGUUGGCUGGCAGCAUCUGGACCGCGUCGUUAACGUACCCAAACGUGUGAAAAGUCUCAAGUGUAGUGCAAGCGAACAGAACCAACACCGCGCGCGUAACACCAUGUCGGCCAAUUCGAUUUUGCUCGAUUUUUCACUCGACCCCGCCCGUAUCAUCGACGAGGUGUCGCGCAAGGACAUCGUGCGGGUGUGCAAGGAGGGGCUGGAGAAGUAUCUGGCCGGGCUGAAGAUUUCCUACGACAUGCUGACGACCGAUGGGUAUCUGUGCAUUCUGAGCGAAACCGGCACCGGAACCAUCGUGACCAUUCGCUUCUUCGAGCAGGGCCUGAUAACGAUCAACGUCGAGUACUACCGGAAGGAUGGCGAUGAGGCGAAGAUAUCCUUUGAAAACAUGAAAAUGCUAGAAAACGGUUUGCGCAUCAGGCUGGAGGCAAAACGCUCCAAGCACCUUCCACCGAUAAAACGGGGCAGUAGCGUUGAUGUUUACCUAACAAGCUCAGACGAGCGUGUCAUCGAGUACGAUAUCGACCGCGUGCUGUUCGACAAACGGUCCGAAUUCCAGAAGAUUCAGAUCGUACACUCGCGAAGCCUCGGCAACAUGCUGGUGCUGGAUGAAUUGCAAAAUAUUGCCGAGGCGGAUCUUAUCUACACGGAGACGCUGAUGUGCCGUGGUAAGGAAGAUUACGCCGGGAAGGAAAUUUGCAUUCUGGGCGGUGGCGACGGUGCCCUGCUGUACGAGCUGCUGAAGGAAGGGCCCAAGAUGGUCGUAAUGCUUGAGAUCGACGAAAUCGUCAUGCAGGCGUGCAACAAGUACAUGAACACCAUCUGUGGUGACGUGCUCGAGAAGCGUACGGACGACAACUAUGAGAUCAUCGUCGGCGAUUGCAUGGUGUACCUGAGGAAGUACAUUAAGGAGGGGCGCAAGUUUGACUACGUGUUUGGCGAUCUGACGGACAUCCCGAUCUCGGACACUCCUACUGGUGAGAUAUGGGAUUUCAUACGCACGAUCCUGGAAUCGUCCUUCCAGGUGCUGAAGCCGGACGGAAAGUUUAUGACACACGGUAAUGGUGUCAGCUGCCCGGAAUCGCUCCGCAUGUAUGAGGAUCAACUCGCCAAGCUAACGCCAAAGGUGACGUACACAAAGAGCUCGGCGUUUGUGCCCUCGUUUAUGGAGGAAUGGGUGUUCUAUCAGGUACAGCGUGAGGUCGCUAACGCCACCGAAAGCGUUUGACUUUGUUCCGCCAGCAUCACCGCCACCACAUUUGAUCUAACGUUGCAAUUAUCGAUAGCGACAGUGCUGCUAGCCCUGUCUCUUCCGCUAGCGAUGCUUUUAACUCGCUCGACUGCGAGUAGCACUAGUAGUUGUAGCAGCAGCAUCAGGUCACGAUAGCAGCACAAAAUAGAAGACACUAGAACAUAGCAAUACUAGAACUACGUAUUUAAACUACUUAAUUGGAAAUACUUGUUAGAGAACACGACGCGCGAAUAAUGGAGUGUGGAAGGCAAAGCUUUACCAAAGUUUGUCCAGAGGAAAAGAGAAUUACGGAUGGGAGGAAUCGAGAAGGAAUUUUUGUGGCACUAGAUGUGUGAAACUUUAUCUUCCCAUUUUCUUCCUGCAUACGCUUGGACAGUGAUAGCAUGUAUGAUAGAUAAAAUCGCCAUGGGAUGGGAGUAGAGUUGUAAACAAUUAAUCUCAAUUCUUGAUUCGAACGGUGGCAACUAUGAAGCUAGAUUAUCGUUUUGUUUUUUCAUCUUAAGUUAUGAACAGUUUCUGAACGUUACAAAACGCAGCCCUGCGUUGGUGGUAUCAAUAUCAACAGACACACAUUGCGUAUACGUUCCAUAGGUACGAUACGCAACAAAGACAUGCACAAUGAUGGAAUUUAUGUUUGAUUCAUGUUUCGUAACUAACAUAAAUAACCACAGCAGAAAUUUCCUAGACCCAGAAAAGCUUCGUGGAAUGGGACGAAGCAAAAAAAAAGCGCGGGAAAGCAACAGGAACUUAAUUAUCACGCUGAGCAGUUAGGAGAGUAUAGCUUUAGUUGCUAGGAAUGUGUGUUCUUUAGUUAAUUUUAACGUUGACUUUGCUGUUUAGUGUACUUACGCAAGAGAGUUGCUGGUUGCUCUUUUCACUCCUGUCCUCGCUGUGGUGGCUACUAAUUAAGUGUAGGCGAAC